AUGCCAAUCGUUUCCAAAAUGUGCCAUGACUGUGGAACCAAGCUCGAUGCUUUGUUGUUCCAUGGAGGAGGAUACUCUUGUCUUAGUUGUGGUCGUUUGUGGUGCAAGAACUGUUACUCUGAAACUGAUGAUGAUGAUAAUACAGAGGAGAAACAAGAUUUCAAGAAGUUGUUGUGUAGAGAAUGUGAUGGUGAGGUUCGUUUGUUAAAGGGAAAGACUUAUGAUAAGGUUCAUCCCCGGGAUAGUCCCGAUCCGCCUUCUCUCGGUGCAGCUGUUGAUUCUGCUCGAAUCGAGAAUCUUGAAAUCCGUGAUUGCAAGAAUAUAGCCUCUAUCCGUUGCUAUCCGAGCAGGGGAGAGGAAGAAGAGGGUAGAUAUUGCGGCGGUAAACAGUUUUCAAGCCCUUUGAGUGAAUACUAUCAGGACACUUCGGAUAUAGAGUCGGGUAGUGUUAGUGCUAGACAUGAGCUUUUUAGUUGUAAAUCUUCGGCUGGUUCCAGUCCUCACGACAGUCCAUUAAGGAACAAUUUUAGUCCUCUUGGGCGAUUUGUACAGCACGCGAAAGACCUGAGUCCUAAAGUUGGUUCUUUAGAUCAUCAUCAAGAACAACUCAUGGCUGGUGAUGAUUUAACUAAGCCAGAUCAGGGGGCCUUGGAACCGGAAGAUCACGAAGCUCAGAGCCAGGAGGAGGAUACGUUGCAGCAGCACAAUGAACCUCUUAGAACGGUGGUGCACGACCACUUCCGAGCUCUUGUGGCUGAGUUAUUGCGUGGGGAGGAGCUUAGUCCAUCUGAUGAUGGUAGUGCAGGGGACUGGCUGGAUAUUGUCACAGCUUUAGCAUGGCAGGCUGCGAAUUUUGUAAAGCCGGAUACUCGUGCAGGCGGCAGUAUGGAUCCCGGGAAUUAUGUCAAGAUAAAAUGUGUAGCAUCGGGAAAUCAAAACGAGAGCAAUCUCAUCCGGGGAAUAGUGUGCAGCAAGAACAUUACGCACAAACGAAUGACGUCGCAGUACAAAAAUCCAAGGCUACUGCUUUUAGCUGGGUCUCUCGAGUAUCAGAGAGUUGCAGGCCAGUUAGCGUCCUUUAACACGUUGCUCCAUCAGGAAAAUGACCAUCUCAAGGCGAUGAUAGCAAAAAUAGAGUCGCUUCGCCCUAAUGUUCUUCUGGUAGAGAAAAGUGUAUCUUCAUAUGCCCAGCAAUACCUUCUAGAGAAGGAGAUUUCGUUGGUGCUUAAUGUGAAAAGGUCAUUGCUGGACCAAAUAGCCCGUUGCACCGGUGCUGUUCUAUGCCCCUCGGUAGAUAGUAUUUCUACUGCUCGGUUGGGGCACUGUGAGCUAUUCCGGACUGAGAAAGUGCUGGAGCAACACGAAGCUGGCAGUCUUUCAAACAGAAAACCAAGGACAUUAAUGUACUUUGAAGGGUGUCCUAGGCGCCUAGGUUGCACGAUUGUGCUUAGAGGCAGUUGUCGCGAAGAGCUAAAGAAGGUUAAGCACGUUAUUCAGUACGCUGUAUUUGCAGCUUAUCACUUAUCAUUGGAGACUUCGUUCCUUGCGGAUGAAGGUGCUUCUCUGCCUAGAAUUAAACUGAAGCAACCAGGGAUGGUGCGGACAGCAUCAGAAAGGAGAAUGAUUGAUGAUGGCAUUUCCCUAGUAACUCGUCAAGCUUUAAUUGAUACAUCUGCACACGAAGAUGAAAAUACGGUCUCGAUGCCUGAGCCUGAGGUUUGUGAAUCAUUGUGUGAGGAGUUUGAUCCUAGUCUGAUAUUCCCAUCGUCUUCUGAAUUGAUAUCUUGUGAAGUUGACACUGAGCAUUCUGAUGCCCUGAAUGGAGAAUUUUCCGAUAACUUGGUGACAAGAUCGUAUUCCUCGAAUCAGUUAAAUGAUUUACAUGAGCCCACUGGUGGAGAAGAGAACCAGUUAGUGAACACCAAUGAUCUGCCACAACAUGAGAAAUUCGAUGAAGAUGAUGUUUCUAGCGAAUACUUCUCUUCCGCGGACUCUCAUCAGAGCAUAUUGGUCUCGUUUUCAAGCCGUUGUGUUUUGAAAGAAUCAGUAUGUGAACGCUCACGACUCUUGCGGAUUAAGUUCUAUGGAUCCUUUGAUAAACCUCUUGGAAAAUAUUUGAAGGAUGAUCUUUUCGAUCAGAGUUCCAGUUGUAGAACAUGUAAAGAGCUGGUUGAUGCGCAUGUCCUCUGCUAUUCUCAUCAGAACGGAAAUCUUACUAUCAAUGUUAGACGUCUCUCUUCCAUGAAGCUUCCCGGUGAACAAGAUGGGAAGAUAUGGAUGUGGCAUCGUUGCUUACGAUGUGCACAUGUAGAUGGGGUUCCACCUGCUACUCGUAGAGUCGUUAUGUCUGAUGCGGCAUGGGGGCUGUCUUUUGGAAAGUUUCUUGAACUUAGCUUUUCGAAUCAUGCUACUGCGAAUCGUGUUGCAUCCUGUGGCCAUUCGCUUCAGAGAGACUGCCUUCGAUUCUAUGGAUUUGGGGACAUGGUUGCGUUCUUUAGAUAUUCUCCCAUCAAUAUACUUACUGUCUUCUUACCUCCGUCAAUGCUUGAAUUCAACAGCCAUCAACAACCGGAGUGGAUACGGACAGAGGCAGCCGAGCUUAUGCGUAAAAUGCGGACUAUGUAUACGGAAAUCUCUGGUAUGCUUAACCACUUGGAAGAAAAAAGCAGUUUGCUUGAACCUGAACAAUCUGAAGUCUCUGAUCUGCAGAGUCGCAUAAUCGGAUUAAAAGAUCAACUGGAUGCGUUGCAACCUAUUUUUGUGGAGAAUCUGCAAAAUCAGGGAAGUUUGGAUAUUCUAGAGCUGAAUCGAUUGAGACGGGCACUCAUGAUUGGUUCUCAUGCUUGGGAUCAUCAGCUUUACUUGUUAAACUCUCAACUCAAGAAAGCAUCUGUAUUUAAAGCUGGUGAUGACCAUGCUUCCCGGGAGAUGCAUGAUCCUUCAAAGAUUGACCUUAGACAGCAGGAAGGUAGAGAUGAGGGGGAGAGAAAAGCCCAUUCAGAUGAAGAAGCUAAUGGUGAUAACAAAGAUCUCGAGAAAAUGCUCUCCCCUGGCUCUUCUUUGUCUGAGAGGAUAGAUUCGGCGUGGUUGGGCUCGUUUCACUCUCUCGAGAAAGCCGAGACAAUUGCUGAGACAGAGGGCUUUACAGCUGCUAAUUCUCCUCUCCGGAGGCUCGCCAGGCCUAUUAGAGUCCAGUCUUUUGAUUCAGCUAUACGAUUUCAAGAACGUAUCCGAAAAGGUUUGCCACCAUCUUCUUUGUAUCUCUCGACCCUCAGAUCAUUCCACGCUUCUGGCGAGUACAGGAAUAUGGUGAGGGACCCUGUUACGAAUGUGAUGAGGACUUACUCACAGAUGUUGCCACUGGAAGUACAGAAGUUGGAUUUGAUUGUUGGUUCAACGCCUACAUACAUCUCUUCAGCAUCUCAGAUGGCUGAUGGGGCUCGGAUGCUGAUUCCUCAACGGGGCCUCAAUGAUAUCGUGAUUCCUGUAUAUGAUGAUGAUCCUGCAAGUGUUGUAUCAUAUGCUCUUAAUUCCAAGGAAUAUAAGGAGUGGGUUGCUAACAAAGGCAUUGCUAGUAGUAGUGGCAGUAACUGGAACAAUAGAGAGUCUGAACCUUCCGGCUUCUCCAGUUGGCGUUCUUUGGGGACGAUGGAUGUUGAUUACAUUCACCACGCGGUGUAUGGUUCUUCUCAAGACGAUAAAAAGUCUCCGCAUUUGACCAUUUCUUUCAGCGACCGUUCUCCUUCUUCCUCUAGUGCAACUGAAGGUAAGGUGAAGUUCUCUGUGACCUGUUAUUUUGCAACGCAGUUUGACACUCUGAGAAAGACGUGCUGUCCGAGCGAAGUGGACUUUGUGAGAUCCUUGAGCCGGUGUCAGAGAUGGUGUGCACAGGGAGGGAAAAGCAAUGUUUACUUCGCCAAGUCAUUGGACGAGAGGUUCAUCAUAAAGCAAGUCGUCAAAACCGAGCUGGAUUCUUUCGAGGAUUUUGCAUCUGAAUACUUCAAAUAUAUGAAAGAGUCGCUCUGUUCCGGGAGCCCCACUUGUCUUGCUAAGAUUCUCGGUAUCUACCAGGUCUCGAUUAAACAUUCGAAAGGUGGAAAAGAGACGAAAAUGGAUUUGAUGGUGAUGGAGAAUCUCUUCUACAACAGAAAAAUAUCCAGAAUCUACGAUCUCAAGGGAUCUGCACGGUCACGGUACAAUCCAAACACAUCCGGAACAGACAAAGUAUUGCUAGACAUGAAUUUGCUCGAGACACUGCGCACAGAACCGAUAUUCCUAGGAAGCAAGGCCAAGAGAAGCCUCGAGAGAGCUAUAUGGAACGACACAAACUUCUUAGCUUCUGUGGAUGUAAUGGACUAUUCAUUGCUGGUUGGUUUCGAUGAAGAGCGUAAAGAGCUGGUACUCGGGAUCAUCGACUUCAUGAGACAGUACACAUGGGACAAGCACCUUGAGACUUGGGUUAAAGCCUCAGGCAUUUUAGGUGGACCAAAGAACGCAUCUCCGACCAUAAUAUCACCAAAACAGUACAAGAGGAGGUUUCGAAAGGCCAUGACCACUUAUUUUCUCACUGUUCCUGAGCCAUGGACAUCUUGA